UAUUGUGCCAUGUUGUGUUGUGCAGUAGAACCGAAGAAUAUACGUGUUAUCCAUUGGAAAUAUUCGUGGAUAUAGCUACGUAGUUCAAUACGCACGUUUUGUAUACAUUGAGGCGUUAGGCGUUUAGGUUUGCUAGCUGGGUCCAGGCAGUAGAAGUGAGCUUUUAUGUCAGUCACGUCUCUCAGAGUGUGUUAGGUUAGGUUAUGUGUGUGUUCGUGACAAGAUGAGCAACGUGGACGAAACGUCAAACGAGCCUAUACUAUACGAACUAUUGGAGUAUUUCGUACGCAAGCAGGAACCAGAAUUGAUCAAAUGCAAGAAUGACGCAGCUAUCCUCCCAUCUACUGGCACUAUAAAAAAUGCUCUCAGGUACCUUAACAACAGGUACUCCCUACCUGAAAGUAUCUCGCAGCAAAUCAGUCUUACACUACCGUGGAAGUUUGCUGUCGGAGAUCAUGGUCGGGUACUUGCUAUCUUACAGGAAAAUAUCAUUGAAAUACGAAAGGCUAAAGAUGAAUAUUCUUCCAUAGUAGGGAAGGCAUCUGCUCCAAAGGAUGCUUUUCCUCAAUGGCGUAAGCUUGCUUGGAGUCCUGAUGGAAUGAUUUUGAUAUUAGCAUCUAGUAGUGGUUAUACCUCCUUUUACAACGCACUAGGAAAUAAUAUCUUUAAUAUAAAUCCAAAGACAAUUUCACAAAAUCCUCAUAUUCUCGAAGCUGGUGACGCUAUAGCGUCCAUGCUCUUCCUCAAGCCAAGGCUAACAAGUGAGAAAUGGGCCUAUGAGUUUAUUUUAAUUUCAUACAGUGGGUUGCUCAGGUCUUAUUAUAUUUCUACAAGUGGUUUUAGUGCCAAUUAUGACUUUUCUUUUGGCAAUUUUUACAAAAAUGGUAUCAACGUUGUAGCUUAUGAUGAAAAACGUAGCUUGUUUUAUGUUGCUGGAAAUAUGAUAACACAAAAAUUAAUGUCCACUGCGUCUGAAUCUGGAUUAACUUCGUGGCGACUUUUGAAUGAUUAUCCAUACUGUAAAUUAUCAUUUACAUUUGAAGAUUCCGCUACCAGUAAUUCACGGUUUUCUGUAUGGAAUUUAAUUCCCAUCUUUAGUUUUCAAUCAGAGUCAAUUAUAUUUUCAAUAAAAAUUUCACCAAAUGGCGAGUUUCUGGUAUGCUUGCAUACGGAUGGUUCAGUUUCAUUAUGGGGUUUGCCAAAUUUAAUACUACAAAAAAAAUGGAAGUUGUCUGAACAGCCAGAAUAUAACAUACCUAAUCCUUUGGGAAUAACAAAAUUUAAAAAAUUUCCACCAGGCUUUACAGAAUUCCAUCCAAUAGAUAUUGGUUGGUGGUCUGAUCAGGCUAUCAUAAUAGCUCGAUAUUCAGGCUCCACUUCAGUCUGUUCCACAUGGAAUUUAAAAAAUCUAUUAGGUGUUAGUCCAGAAUUUCUAGCAGGACAACCACAAGUAUGCGAGCUUGAUUUAGAGAAAGGAUUCUUAUGUUUAGAUUGCGAAACCUUUAUUACAAGUAAAAAACGAAGUAGAGAAUCCAGUGAUGGUCACUUGUCAGAAGCAUCGUCUGAAAGCGAAAAGGAUGACGAUGAGUUGGAACCUGUUACUAUAUUAAGUUAUACUACGAAUUUGGUUCAAAGCACGCUGUAUUCAAUAACCGAUAUUGAAAGAUUUCAACCAAAGAGAAAAAAAUCAAAAAUAUUACAUCGAACGUAUAGAAUUUUGAACUUAAAAAGAACGACUCCGGAAGAGCUCUAUUCCAGGAAAAUAGAUAUUGAGGAAUAUGAGGAAGCGUUAGCUUUAGCGAACACGUAUAAUUUGGACACAGAUCUAGUGUAUCAAACACAGUGGAGAAAGUCAGAAUUAUCUUUGAAUGCUAUUACAGAACACUUAAGUAAAAUAAGUAAAAGAUCUUGGGUUUUAAAUGAAUGUGUUGUACGCGUUCCCGAUACUCUGGAAGCUGCAAGGGAAUUAUUGAAUUUUGGAUUAAGAGGCGCAAACCUAGAAACUUUAAUAGCUAUCGAUAUCUGCGACAAUGACAAAUUUGUAAAUCCCGAUAUAGAUGACGAUUGGCAAAUACUAGACCAAAUGACUGUAAGUUUAAAACAGGUGCAGAAAGUUAAUGAAAUGCUUGAAAAAAUAGAUAUAAAAAAUUUAUCUGAGGCUCAAAAAGAUUUAAUUAAGUAUCGGAGGAAGUUUCUAAAUCAUUUAGAUAAAUUGCUUACGUAUGAAAUUAUAUUAGAGUCACCACUCAAAUAUAAAAAAGAAUUUUACGAAGAGUUUCGAAGGUUAUCACCUAUUGAAAAUGCAAUCAGAUUUGCCAAAAAUAGUGAUUACCGAGCUGUUGAAAUUAUGUUUACCUAUUAUGGAGAAAGUUUGCUACCUCAUUGGCUAGCAAUUAUCAGCUUCUUUCCAGAAACUUUGAAUACAUUAGAUUACCAAAAACUGCUACCACAAUGUGAUUCAGAAGGGCAAUUAUUUUUGUUGGAUCAACGUGAAUUACGACAAAAAGAUUGGUCAGAAAAAUAUGAGUUUAAUGAAAUAAUAAGUGUUGAUUUAGAAGAUCCAUCAAAAAUACUGUAUGAACAGGAUCCCUCGUUGUCAGUAUAUAGAAAUACACAACUUACUUCAGAUUUAUUACAAAAAUGGUAUAAGACACGUGCUUAUGAAAUUGAAAAAAAUAGCUCUUUAGUAGAUAAUGCUUUGCAAUUAAUUAAAAUUGGAAAGUCUCAUAAUAUUAAUGGCCUAGAAGAUUUGUUAUUAGAAUUGGAAACUUUAGAUGAUCUUGUGUAUACAGUACAUUUGGAGGAUAUGCCAUUAGACAAAUUAGAGAAAUUGAGUAAUAUGGAAAAGAUCAAACUUUUGAUGAGUACAUCAAAUAAAGUUAAUUUUGUUGAAAACAUAAAGAAUCUUUUGUUACCUUUUAUUAAACGAAGACACCAAUACUUGGGUGGAGAUCUUCAAAAAUGCUUACUAAGUGAUUAUCUAAUUUCUCUAAGCAAAGAUGAUUUGACAUUCCCGGUUAAAUUUUUUGACUAUUUAAAACAGACGCAGGACAUGGAAAUAAUUGAAUUAAUAGAUGAUGUUGCUACUUUAGCUUUAGAUUGUAUAUAUGCCUGUGACGAUCUUGACAUGUAUGAAAAGGCUAAAGAUAUUUUAGAUUCGAUAUCAGAAGAUUAUGAUGGUAAAAGAACAAAUGCAAUAUGCAACUUGUUAGAAGAAUCUGAAGGAGAACUUGACUGCGUCAAACUUUUAAGCAAAUAUGGUGUAAAAACAACGUUAAACUUUAUACGAAAAAACAGAAACGAUCCUGACAUCGCUAAAUCGCUUUUAACACAAAUGGCAAGAAGUUUAAAUAAAAGUUUGAUACCUCCAGAUGAAAGAGAAUGGGCGCAAUUAUUAAACGAUCUGUUAGAUAUACAUGGACUAAUUUUUUCAUGUAUUGCUGUUGAAACCUGUUUCGAAAUAUGCGUUUCAGCCCGUUUACUUUCGAGAAUUAAAUGUACUAUCCGUAAUUGUACCACUUUAAUAGAAACCAAGAGAAAUGAGAAAUCUUUGUUAAAAGUAUCUUAUGAGAAAGCAGUUAAUCUUAUAUUAGAAGCAUCCAAAGAAUAUUUUAACGGUUCUAGAACGCUUACUGAUCCACAUAUGGAAUUAGCUAAAACUUGCCUCGAUCUCAUCGAAGAUGAUAACACGAAAAUUAAAGAAGAAUAUGAUCUUAUUAAAUCGCUCCAAAUAUUGAAUGAAUUCAAUGUCGAUAUAUUACCACUUCAAGUUAGAUUAACAGUAGAUAAAUUAACCUUGAUCGAGUACUGUUUAAAUAACCAAAGGGAUGCUUAUAAAAAUAGACAAAAAUUGUUAACGUUAGCAAUUUAUUUACGAAUUGAAGGAAAUAACAGUAGACUUCGCGAGGGAAAAAUUUUGGAAUUAAUAGCUAAAAAAGCACUCGAGACUGAAGAUUACAAUACAUGUGCCACGAUAUGUAUCCAAUUAGCGGAAAAUAAUUAUCUUCCUGCUUGGGAAAUUUGUUUAAAUUUGGGGUGUUGUGAUAAUUAUCAGGAUUUAAAAAUUAGGCAAAAGUGUCUAUGGUUCGCAAUAAAUAAUGGCCCUAAUGAUAUAUUAGGUAAUGCUUUAGAACAUACACAUUUGUUAAGAAUACAAAUGUUACAUAAGGAUUUGGAAUUGUGGAUGCCUUCUGCGGAAUUUGAAAGUUUGAAGGAUGAAGAAAGUGAUACGAGCGAAGAUGAUUUUACAGAUGCUAUGACAACGCCACAAAUAGAAGUGAAAGAAUUUGUUCCAAAAAUGUUGGAAACUUCAACCGGAAUUGUUAAAAGUUCAGCUAAUAUCAUGAAGGAAUCUACAUUCAACUUGAUAAGAAAUAUCAGUAAUACAAAUUUUUGGAAAUCUAGACUAAACCUUAAUUUUAAAAACGAUUUAGAAACUAAUGCGGAACAUGAAUCGGAAAUGAAACAAAACGAGGAAGAUGCUAAUCUUCAAAGUUUUCCAUGCUAUUAUGAGUCCUUACACGAACUAUGUCGGAUAAGUGUUAACGAAACAAGAUAUAAUAAAUAUUCUAUGACAGACUUAGAAAAUACAAAAUUAAAAUGUUGCCGAGCGCUUUUAAGAAUAACUAUACUGAGUGAAUCCUCUAGCUAUGGGCUAGAAAUAAGUGAUAUUAAUCAUUUGCUUCUAGAAUGUGCAAAGCACACUAUAUCAGAUGAUUGGUUACUUGGUAUGGCGUAUCUAUUGAGUUUAAAUAGAGAUCGCAUCUUGGAUGCUCAAACAAUCUUUGUAAAUUUACCGCAAUUUGAAUUGUAUAUGCAAACCGCGCUUUAUUAUUAUUCAUUAGAAUUAUAUAAGAAAUUGUACACUGAUUGUGAAAAGUUAUACUUAAACAGUCCAUUGGACUUAAUGAAAACCAUGAUAAUUGCAGCACAAAAGUCUGAAGAAUGUGACAUUGUUAAAGCAUUACAAUAUUGGCAAAGUUAUCUACUCGGCGGAGCACAAAUUAUUAAUAUAAAUCAAAUGAAAGAUAUAAGCCCGUUUGAACUGGGACAAAGUAGUACUCAUGUACAUUCUGUGAAAAUUUCAAAAACUAUAAACGAAGAACAAGAAUCUGCAAAAUGUGUCGAUACUAAUGAUAUCCUAUCAAAUUCUAAAGCAGAUGAGGAUCUAAAAAUGACUAUCUCAGAUAAUAUUGAUGCCGUGGAGUGGACAGAUGAUUGGGGUGAUUUUUCCGAUGAUAACAUAGAAGUAAAUAGUGAUAAGAACAAAAUUAGGUCCGAAGAAAUUUCACAAGAAGAAACCAUUCUUUCUCUCGAUCACACCAUUACUGAAAAUACGACGGAGAAAGAUCGAUUUAAAUUAUUUCAGAAACUGUUUAAUCAAAUCAACAACUUAGAGCAAUAUCAAGAAGUGAAAAGAAUGAUAUCUCAAUGGCCGAAAUUUAAUAUGCCAGAUCAUAUUAUGAUAGAUAAUCAUCCAGUUUUAAAAAUGAUGAAAGUGAUAGUUGAACUUGCAAAAACGAAUAUGACUGACUUUGAAAAAAGGGUAUUACAGGAACAUGAAGAACUCAUUGGAUUAUUAACGUCUGAGGAGAUCCUCAAACAAUUUUUGGAACUCGAACGAGGUCACAUUAAUUUUGUACAAAGCCUUUACAUUCGAUUAUGCUCUCAGGACGUAUUGAUGCAUGAAGAGGCAGUAAGUCUCAUUAAAGAACAACAGGCUACUGUGCUACCACCGUUAGUACUGGAGAAACUCUUCCUAAAUAAUUUAACAGCAUUGUUCAAUCCAGAUCAUACUGUAUAUAAACAGAUAAUCGAACAUGUUUUUAUAAAUGAAUCUUUAACCGGCAUUGAAGAAAAUGCAAAAACACUCGUACACGAGUUAAGAAAACAAAAAUAUAUACUAGAAGCUUUGCACAUUAUAAAAUUAAUGAAGAGAAUACCGUCGACCUUGUGCACAUUUGAUACUUGUUUUCAGUUACUAAUGCAAGAAUGAAUUUAUUCCAAAGGUAAAGAAAAGCUCUGAUGCAUUGAAAAUAUAAAAAAAAGUUACAAAAAAGGUAUUUAUAAGUAGUUUUUUUUAUUCUGUACAAAAAUUGUUAAAAGAUGUGCAUGCGAUAUAGAAUUUAAAGUUCUUAUAAAGUUCCAUAUCAUUUCACCUUAGAACAAAAAACG